CUCUCUUCUUCUUUCACUUGAUCCAGUCUGGUGAGGAACCUGAGAUCGAGUGCUGGUUACCAUGAGUGUGGAGAAGAAAGAACCACGCCAGCCAUGCUGCUCCAAACUGAAGAUGUUUCUGGUCUCCUUGUCAUUUGUUUACUUCGCCAAAGCGUUUCAGGGCAGUUACAUGAAGAGCUCCAUCACUCAGAUUGAGAGACGCUUUGACAUCCCCAGCUCUCUGAUAGGAUUUAUAGAUGGAAGCUUUGAAAUAGGUAACCUGUUGGUAAUAGCGUUUGUCAGCUACUUUGGAGCGAAGCUUCACAGACCCAAACUCAUUGGAGCAGGAUGUCUGAUCAUGGCUAUCGGAUCCUUCCUCAUGGCACUGCCUCACUUAUUCCAGGGAAAGUACAAGUAUGAGACGACGAUCACACAUUUCUCAGAGACCAAUGACACUGAGUCUAUUCUGCCAUGUCUUCCCGUUGGGAGCCACGCACACGGGGACGAACCGCUCACCGCAGAGAGUCGGGCUGAGUGUGAGAAAGCAGCAGGAUCCUCCUUGUGGGUCUAUGUAUUCUUAGGUAACAUGCUGCGAGGCAUUGGGGAAACUCCGGUCAUGCCGCUAGGACUGUCCUACCUGGAUGACUUUGCCAAAGAGGAGAACACAGCUUUGUACCUAGCCUGCAUACAGACAGUUGGAAUUCUGGGACCUAUGUUUGGAUUCAUGCUCGGCUCGUUCUGUGCCAAAAUCUACGUGGACAUUGGAGCUGUCGACUUAGACACCAUCUCUAUUAACCACAGAGACACACGCUGGGUGGGCGCAUGGUGGCUUGGCUUUCUGGCCACUGGAGCUGUAAUGUUGCUGGCCGGGAUCCCGUUCUGGUUCCUGCCCAGAUCGUUGCCCAAGCAGGGAGAGGAGAAUAAGAAUGAUCAGGAUGUCCAGCAGGGCGAGCAGGAUGCUUUUAUUCCUUCAGAAGUUAAAAGCAGCACACCGACUGAAAAAUCUGCACCUGUCAGUAUGGUUGCUCUGGCAAAAGAUUUCCUGCCGUCAUUGAGAAGACUGUUCAGCGACCCAAUUUACCUGCUCAUCAUCCUCGCCGGUCUGAUUCAGGUCAGCGGCUUCAUCGGCAUGAUCACUUUUAAGCCCAAGUACAUGGAACAGGUUUAUGGCCAGUCUCCAUCUAAGGUCAUUUUCUUGAUAGGCAUCAUGAAUCUACCUGCUGUAGCACUGGGAGUCAUCAGUGGUGGGUUUGUAAUGAAGAGGUUUAAACUGAGCAUUACUGGAGCAGCUAAAAUCACCAUCUCAUCCUCGGCCCUUUCUUUCUGCCUCCUGCUAAGCCAGUACUUCCUGCACUGUGGAAACACUCAGGUGGCCGGGCUCACCAUGUCCUAUCAGGGUAAGCCGGAAGUUUCCUUCCAGCAGCAGAGUUUAUUGUCCCAGUGUAACACUGGCUGCUCCUGCUCUUUGAAGCACUGGGAUCCAGUAUGUUUUCCUAAUGGCGUUACAUAUGCCACACCAUGCCUCGCAGGCUGCCGAAGCUCAUCUGGGUUGGGCAAAGAAAUGGUCUUUCACAACUGCUCAUGUGUUGCCGAGGCUGCCCUGCCCGCCACGAACAUGUCUGCAGUGUUGGGUCAGUGCCCACGUGAUAACAGCUGUGAUCGCAUGUUUAAGAUUUACAUGGCCAUGUCAGUACUGGGUGCAUUUAUCUCAGCAUGUGGAGCCACUCCGGGAUACAUCAUCCUUCUCAGAUCAAUCCAGCCAGAUCUGAAGUCUCUGGCUCUUGGAAUGCAGACGCUGAUAGUUAGGACUCUGGGUGGAAUUCCUCCUCCAAUUUAUUUCGGAGCCUUGAUUGAUAGGACGUGUUUGAAAUGGGGAACAAAGCGAUGUGGGGGACAAGGAGCAUGUCGACUCUAUAACGCUGAUGCUUUCAGAAUGACAUUCCUGGGUCUCAUCUACGGCCUCUAUGCUCUGACUAUGAUUCUGAGUGUGGUGCUUUUCCGAAAACUCUCACAUCGCCAGAAGCAGCAGAUGCUGGAGAACCAGGGCAAGGCCACAGAGCAGGACACCCCCGGGACGGUCAACGGAAAGCCCACAUCGGCUAUUGUGAAGUGCAAGGACGAGCUGGAUAAAGAGACCUCAAUCUGAAUACAUACAGUGUCUUACAAAAGUGAGUACACCCCUCACA